AUGUUCGCAUCCACCCGAACAUCAUCUGUCAUCAACUCCACGUCAAACCUUGCCAGCAAGCCAGUAGUGCAGAAAAGACCUGCCGGCUUCAUCGAAGAGGUCUCCUACUCGAAGUGGCUUGCUAAUGUUGUUCUGGUGGCAAAACAAGAAAAUGGCAAAUGGAGAGUCUGCAUCGAUUACACAGACCUCAACAAAGCAUGCCCUAAAGACAACUUCCAAUUGCCAAGAAUUGACCAACUUGUGGAUUCCACUUUUGGCAAUCAGUUGCUCAGCUUCAUGGACACCUACUCCAGCUAUAAUCAAAUCUUGAUGCACGAGGAUGACAAGGUGAAAACUUCUUUCAUCAUCGAGAGAGGGACCUACCGCUACAAGGUCAUGCCCUUUGGACUAAAGAACGCUAGAGCAACCUACCAAAGGCACGUGAAUAAAAUCUUCAAGGAGCAUAUCAGCAAAACUAUGGAGGUCUACGUGGACGACAUGCUAGUCAAAGCCCCAAAACGUGCAGAUCACAUCAAAAAUCUCACCAAGGCAUUCAGCCUACUUCGCCAAUAUCGCAUGAAGUUUAACCCAAGUAAAUGCACAUUUGGUGUAUCCUCCGGUCGAUUCUUGAGAUGCCUAGUCACACAACGAGGUAUCGAGGCACACCCACGUCAAAUCAAAGCCAUUCUUGAGAUGAAAUUUAUGGGCAGAGCAGCGGCCCUUAACCGAUUCCUCUUGAGAUCUACCAAUAAGUGCAAAUCAUUCUUUAAACCUUUGAAGAAAGGACAAAGAGACAAAUAG